GAAGUGGUUGGGUUAUUUCUGCAACUGCGUUGUACGAAUUUUUAGAAUUUAGAUUAGCCGUGAUGGAAGGUAAAGCAAUUAAAUUACAUUGGGACAAUGUUAAAAUUAUUGGUGGUGAGUUUGAAGAAAUUUACGGAAAUUAUUGCGAAAAAUGUGGUGAAG